UGUCUGAGGCCGGUAACAUCAAAAGUGAGGACAAACCCAAUCUACAGUCACUGGGGUCCUGAUUGUGACAGUGGAGCCCAGUUUGCACUGCAGGAUCCAGAAAUGGCAUCAGUGAAGCUGGAAGACUGCAGUCAAACACUGGAGCUGAAUGUCAACAUUAAAGAUGAAGAAGAGGAGGAGAAGAUUGGAGACCAUGUUGAGACAUUCUCUACAUCCAGAGAGCAACAGCAGGAAGAUCACAGAGCUAAGAGGUCUCACCAAUGCCCACAUUGUGAGGAGAUUUUCCCAAUUCUAUCAAAGUUAAAAAUACACACAGGAGAUAAUCUGUAUUCCUGCACUGACUGUGGGAAGAGUUUCACAACAUCACAGGCUCUGACAGUUCAUCGGCGAGUGCACACUGGAGAAAAACCUUACUCCUGUUCUGACUGUGGGGAGAGUUUCUCGCAUCAGAGCAACUUAAAAACACACCAACGUAUACAUACAGGAGAGAAGCCUUACUCCUGCUCUGACUGUGGGGAGAGUUUCUCUCAACAGAGCAGCUUAAAAACACACCAACGUAUGCACACAGGAGAGAAGCCUUACUCCUGCUCUGCCUGUGGGAAGAGUUUCACCUCAUCAAGCAGCUUAAAAAAACACCAACGUGUACACACAGGAGAGAAGCCUUACUACUGCUCUGAUUGUGGGGCGAUUUUCUCUCAGCAGAGCAGCUUAAAGUCACACCAACUUAUACAUACAGGAGAGAAGCAUUACUUCUGCUCUGAUUGUGGAAAAUGUUUCACAAGAUCAGUUGAGCUAAGAGUUCAUCGGAGAACACACACAGGAGAGAAGCCUUACUGCUGCACUGACUGUGGGAAGAGUUUCUCUCAACAGGGCCACUUAAAAUGUCACCAGCGAAUACACACAGGAGAGAAGCCUUACUACUGCUCUGACUGUGGGAGGAAUUUUUUUCAACAGAGUGGCUUAAAGUCACACCAACGUAUACACACAGGAGAGAAGCCUUACGCGUGCUCUGACUGUGGGAAGAGUUUUUCAAAUCAGAGCAACUUAAAAACACACCAACGUAUACAUAAAGGAGAGAAGCCUUACUCCUGCUCUGACUGUGGGAAGUGCUUCACAACAUCAACUGAGCUAAAAGUUCAUCAAAGAAGACACACAGGAGAGAAGCCUUACUACUGCUCUGACUGUGGGAAGAGUUUCACCCGAUUGGCUACCUUAAAAACACAUCAAUGUAUCCGUAAAGGAGAGAAUUCACAUCACUUCUCUCAGACCAGCUAAGAUUAAAGUCACUCCAUCAAUUAAUCCUCAUCUCAUAAAAGAAGUGGUAACAUUAAGAUAGUGUUACUCUAUUGUAAUCAUAUUGUUUCUCACUGAGGGAACUGUGAAGAGGAAAGAGUGCGUUACAGAAUCAUGUCAUUGGAAAGUCUAUCCUUUUUUUAAUGCACCAUUUGCACAUGUGUUGAUGUUGUGGUGGUGCUGGAGAUGAUGAAUAUGAAGAAAUUUCCCUUUAAGACAAAACAAAAGGAGGGUGGUUGGUCGGGUGGAUAGAUGGGUCUGCAUAUAACAUGAACGUCUUGCAAACCAAAGGCAUAUAACAUGAACGUCUUGCAACCCAAAGGCAUAUAACAUGAACGUCUUGCAACCCAAAGGCAUAUAACAUGAACGUCUUGCAACCAAAG